AUGGGUUCUGGCCGGUCAGCAGGUGGGUCUUCCUUUGAUCGCUUGCUUCUCCAUUGUGGCAGCGAGCACGGAGCUCCUGGUAUCCGCAGGUCUGGCGGCUCACAUGCGGUCUGUGUUAGCGAAGGCGGCGAUCCAGAGACGGAUCAAGAUCAAGUUCACCUGCAUAUCCCACUUAUUGGCCACCCAGGUUGGCAACUUUUGUGUUCUCAUCAUAACCAUGUCCAUGGCCGUCCUGAUCUUCAGCUUGUACGACAAGCCGCUGAAGCUUGGUGCGUGGCUGGGUGCGAAUGCUGGCAUACUCCUUUGGGCGAACGCCCAAUUCAAGAGCAUUGGUCUCAUGGCCUGGGAGGUGUGGGAGGAGCUCAAACCUAUCCAGUCUGCCGUGCGAGAGCUGACGGUUGUGGAGUUCCUGCAGGAGAUUGGUCUGUCAUCGGAGGACCAAGGGUGAGUGAAGCUAGUCAAUCAAUCAAUAUUGCAUAUAUAUAUAUGUAUAUGAGAGAGAGAGCUGCCUCUAGAGUCUAUUGGCGCUUCUAUUUUAUUCCUUUGUAUUCAAAGAAAUACAUAGUUUACAUAAUUAAAAUGUGA